UCAUUUGUAGACAUAAACGGAAAGGUACAUUCACGCACACGGCGUUGGUGUUUGGUUGGAAAAAUAUCCGAGACGUUUGGAUAAUUUGACUUUAACGGGGAGGUCUGUUCUGUUUAUUCUAUUUCACAUGACUGUUGUCAAUGUUUACUGUUCUGAACUACCUUAUAUUUGUCUGGUGAUAACCUACAUAGGUUUAGCAGUGCUUGAUUUAGGCCAGAGCAGCCCUGUGCGCCUUAUCUGCAUUUUUGGGGGGAACCGAAUGCGGUCUCCUUUAUAAAACAAAGUGGCCUAUCACCGGACCGGAUUCACACAUGGCGGCAAAAAAACGUUGAUUAAGGCGGGAUCUGGCAUUGAAUAGAAAUGGAGGCGGUGCAUUCAUAUCCUGAUUCCGCGUUGUUCACGUUUAUUUGACAGUAUGAAUUCCGGUGUAUAUGUGCCAGUAGACUGUUCGAGUUUGAGAAUGCGCUAGCCUAAAUGCGCUUUUCCAAGUUGUCAAAUGAGGGCUCUUAUGGUCAUGAAAAUCAGGACCGGCUCUAGCCUUUUGGGGGACCUAAGCGAGCCCCCCCGCCCAACCAAGCGGGGAAUUGACGGCCCAGGAAAAGAAUGCAGUUUUAUUUAUUUUUAAAUCCCAAAUCAAGCACUGGUUAAUUGACAUUCCUUAUGCCCAAUAUGAUGUGCUAGGAUAUAACUUCCAUUCGCGCUGUUCACCAACGUUUAUGAAACGUUUCGAUAUUGAAUGCUGCUCUGCACGUCCUCUCUGACCAAAACUUCCGUCUUCAAGCAUUCGAUUCGUGCCAAACACAGACAUGCCUGCAAAAUAAACCGAUUGACUCUUUGAGGGCUCUCAACAAAGCCUCUCCUGUGAGUAUGUAUAUAUAUUAUAUUAUAAAGUAGAUUUUCGGAAAUCGAACAUCUAAAUGAUUAUGUAGUCAGCAAAUUGUAUACCAUCUAGUCAACAAAAAAAAACAUCAAGUGGGUGAUUUGAAAUCGCCAUAACUUCUUUAUCUGACGGCGGAUGCUAGCUACGUUAACGUUAGCGGGUAACGUUGGAGUGAAGUUAGGUCAAAUUUGUAGCAACAACAAAAAAAAACGAAAAGAAAACAACAAAACGGGAAAACAGCAAACAUUUAAGCUUGAAAGAAGGGGCGAAAGCCUAAACCCAAAAGGAUAGAGGAGGGCGGACUACCAACCAACCAAUCAACCGACCACACAAAAUACCAAAACACCAGUAUCCAAGAUGAAGCGAGCCGGCCGAGGAGGGGAUGAAUCUGGUACCGGUACCCACCGUCAGAACGGUGUGUCUGGGGGGAGAGGCGGCGCAAAGGGAGUGGUUGCAGAGCGGGGGGAUGCAGCAGCCGGUGGUGAUGAUGAUGAGGCCGGGUGCAGCCCAGCAGACAUGCAGGAUGAGGACAAUGAUCCAGCACGGAGGAGAGAGAUCAGGAGCAAGUACAGGGACCUCAUCAACUCUGUUCAACAGAACAGAGAGGACAUGUUGAGUCCCACCAACAACAAACUGACAGACGUGUUGGAGGAGGCCAACAAACUGUUUGCAGAAGUCCGUCAGGCCCGUGAAGCGGCUUUAGAUGCCCAGCUCCUGGUGCUGGCUACAGACCUGGGGAAGGAGAAGGCCAGCCAGCUACACGCAGAGGGUUCAGCCUUCGACCCCGCAGCCUUCGCUGAACACCUGCUGUCAUUCAUGGGUCUGAAUCGCCUGGAGGAGGAAGAUGAAGAUGUGGAGGGUGGAGCGAGCGGCGGCUACCUCCCCCAGGACGCCUGGCAGAGGGUAGCUAACAGAGCUCAGUGCUGCUUCAGGACUGCCCCCUCUUUCCACUAUAUGAUGGGAUCGUUCCUGGUUGAGCUACCUCCACCUCGCCAGAGGGUAGAGAGACAGAGGAAAGUUCCCGGCAAGGAAGCCAAGAGGAUCAUGCCCACUCAGUUGAAGAGGAUGGAGGAGUCUCACCAGGAAGCUACAGAGAAGGAGGUAGAGAGGAUUCUGGGAUACCUGCGGAGCUACUUCUUUGACGACCCCACAUCUCCCAUCUCCUACUAUGAGUUUGUCAUAGACCCCACCUCCUUCUCCCGCUCUGUGGAGAACAUCUUCCACACCUCCUUCCUGGUCAGGGAUGGUUUGGCGAAAAUGUACCUGGAUAAUCACAAACUUCCUUGUAUAGCCCCUGUGGAGGAAGGGGAGGUGGAGGCUGGAGGAGCGACUAACAGGCAGCAGUGUGUCAUCUCUAUCAGCCCCAAGAGCUGGAAGGAGUUAAUCGAGGCCUUUGAUAUCACCGAGCCACUGAUCCAGGUUCCCAGCACACAGCACACAGAAUGAUGCUGAUAUAACAGCGAUUUCCUUUUAAAACAUUAGAGCAUUUUAUCGACUUUAACUCUAGCUAUAAAUAUUAGUUUUCUAUUCAUAGGUCUUGUUCGCGGUUUUUUGUAUUAUUUGAUUAAAGGGAGUGAACCCAAA